AGUUUCACAUCAGGAACACUUGGUGGUAGUGUUGUUCCAAGUUUAAGCUGAGGGCGCAUGCUCUGUGAGAUGUAAACAUUUGGUACUAGCUAGGCCGCCGCCGUCUGUCUAAACUUUGCAGACAUUUGUGUAACGUUACACGUAUUACACAGCUGCAUGGGCUGGACCGAAGAGUCAAUGGGAACUAGCUAGCUUACUAAGCACUCGCUAGCUUUCAAGUGGAAACCUAGCUAUGCUAACAUGGAAAAUAUAGCUAAUGUAUUCGGGUAACGUCUUCGAAAACCAGUCUUUUUCUUGUACUUUUGUGAAUGGGAAGCAGACGACGUUUGCUGCGGCUGGUUAAAAACGCUUCAAGGUGGCGACAGACAAAGUUGCUGGUAAGCUGAGUUCUACUCUCUCAUGGGUGAAGAACUCUGUGUCCCACACGGUCAGUCAGAUGGCUAGCCAGGUGGCCACGCCCACGUCCCUGCCGACCACUGCCACCUCCUCUUCUACAGCUUUGUCUUCGCCAGCCCUCUCGCCAUCCUCACCGGCGCUGCUCAGUCCUGAUGAUGUGGAGCUGCUUGCCAAGCUCGAGGAGCAGAACAGGCUGCUAGAGACAGACAGCAAGUCGCUGCGCUCAAUGAAUGGCUCCAGGCGAAACAGUGGCUCCUCCCUGGUGUCCAGCUCCUCUGCCUCCUCCAACCUCUCCCACCUUGAGGAGGACACAUGGAUCCUGUGGGGACGAAUCGUCAAUGAGUGGGAGGAGGUGCGCAAGAAGAAGGAAAAGCAGCUUAAGGAUCUUGUCAGAAAAGGGAUUCCUCACCACUUCCGGGCGAUAGUGUGGCAGUUGUUGUGCAACGCCCAGAAUAUGCCCAUCAAGGAUCAAUACUCAGAACUCCUAAAGAUGACAUCACCCUGUGAAAAGCUGAUUCGCAGAGACAUCGCCCGCACAUAUCCUGAACAUGAAUUCUUUAAGGAGAAAGACAGCUUGGGCCAGGAAGUGCUCUUCAAUGUUAUGAAGGCAUAUUCUCUGGUUGACCGUGAAGUUGGCUAUUGUCAAGGGAGUGCAUUCAUUGUAGGACUGCUACUCAUGCAGAUGCCGGAAGAGGAGGCUUUCUGUGUGUUUGUGAAGUUGAUGCAAGACUACAGAUUACGAGAGCUCUUCAAACCCAGUAUGGCUGAGCUGGGACUCUGCAUGUACCAGUUUGAGAGUAUGAUUCAGGAGCAACUCCCCGAGCUGCAUAUGCAUUUCCAGGCUCAAAGCUUUCACACUUCCAUGUAUGCCUCCUCCUGGUUCCUCACCAUCUUCCUCACCUCCUUCCCUCUGCCCGUCGCCACAAGGAUGUUUGACAUCUUCAUGUGUGAGGGUCUGGAGGUAGUUUUCCGUGUGGGACUGGCCAUCCUUCAGAUGAACCAAACGGAACUCAUCCAGCUUGACAUGGAGGGAAUGUUGCAGCAUUUUCAGAGGGUCAUCCCACACCAGCUUGACAGUGGGCCAGAUAAGGUCAUCCAGGCUGCUUAUCAAGUUAAAUAUAACGCCAAGAAGAUGAAAAAGUUAGAGAAAGAAUACACUACAAUAAAAACUAAAGAGAUGGAGGAGCAGGUGGAAAUAAAGAGGUUGCGGACAGAGAACAGGCUCCUGAAGCAGAGGAUAGACACACUAGAGAAAGAAAGUGCUUCCUUGGCAGAUAGAUUGAUCCAGGGACAAGUGACUCGAGCUCAGGAGGCAGAGGAGAACUACCUGGUCAAGCGGGAGCUGGCCACAGUUAAACAGCAAGGUGAAGAGGCCAGUGUUCAGCUAGAGCAGGCCAAGACAACCAUCAGGCAGCUCCAGCAGCAGCAGCAGCCGCAAGCGAAGAGAGCCCCUCGGUACUCUGAGGAGUCCGUGCUGCAGCUGGAGAGAGAGCUUGUGCAGGCCCGGCUGAAGGAGGCAGAGUCUCAAUGUGCUCUCAAGGAGAUGCAAGACAAGAUCCUGGAUAUGGAAAAGAGGAACACAUCGCUACCAGAUGACACCAAUGUGGCACGUCUUCAGGAGGAGCUGAUAGGGGUGAAGCUGAGAGAGGCAGAGGCUCUGACCGGCCUGAAAGAGCUGCGACAGCAAGUCAGAGACCUGGAAGAGCACUGGCAGCGUCACUUGGCACGCACCGCUGGUCGCUGGAAGGACAGCCCCAGGAAGAAUACCCUGAGUGAGCUUCAGGACGAGCUGAUGAGUGUGAGGUUACGUGAGGCCGAGGCCCAGGCAGAGCUUCGGGAGACACGGCAGAGGAUGCUGGAGCUGGAAACACAGAAUCAGAUUCACAGUAACCAGCUGCGACGGGCAGAGCAGGAGAGUCGCUGUCUCCAGGAGUGUGUGCAAACACUGACGGUGCAAAAUAAAGAUCUGAAUGUGCAACUGCAAGAGAUCAAGCGGAGACAAGCUGAGAUUGAGUGCAAGAGCAAGGAAGAGGUGAUGGCAGUGAGGCUGCGGGAAGCUGACAACAUAGCUGCUAUGGCUGAACUACAGCAACAGAUCUCAGAGCUUGAGAUUCAGAAAGAAGAAGGAAAGGUCCAAGGCCAGCUGAACCACACAGACUCAAGCCAGUACAUCCGCGACCUCAAAGACCAGAUAGCAGAGCUAAAGCAUGAGAUUUGCUGCUUGAAAGGACAGAGGGCCAUGGCCAAUCAGUCCACUUUUGAUGGGAUCCACAUGAUCAAUCACUAUGUGGGGGAUGAUGGGUCUUACCAGUCUUCAGAUGAAGAUGGAGUCAAGAGCCCGACCCUCCACAACACCCAGCAGAGGAGCGGGUGCCGUAUCAGACUGCGCCCCAACCUCGGGGACACCGACAGUGAGGAGGAGGAGGAGGAGGAGGAGGAGGAUGAUGAGGCCCUGCGACUCUCUGUACCUCAGAGCUCCAGCCACAAGUCCACCACCGUGUGACGAUCACCCACUGGGAGUUGGGACAGAGGCUGACAGCAUUCACUGAGGAAGAGGAGAUGUGUUUCCAACAGCCAUUUCAGAGCAGAUGUCUGGAUUUGGAGUUCUGAAUUUCAGAAAGGAAACUCAUUUCAUAUCACACUUAUGGAUUUAGUUUAUUUUGUUUACCUCCCUUUUGCAGUUUUUGUUUUCUUCCUGAGGACAGCAAACAACCGUCUGUCUGACCACCACUGAUAGAAGCCGACCAUUGGUGUGGACCUCAGCAGAGAAUGAAAAAACGUGGAGCGUAUCAAAGUGUACUGGGCCACAAUGGGGUGGGGGUCCUCCUGUUGGUACAACACAGACAAGAGACUGUGCAAUUAAACAUUUUAUGCUAUAUUACACACUUCAUCCAAUGUUUUUAUAUUUUUAAAGCAUUUUAUAAAUGAACAUCAAAAAUGUAUUGAUGCCGUUACUACUAAAUGUCCAUCGUGCAGAGGCAGAAUUGUAUAGGUGCUGUGUGUGUGUGUGUGUGUGUGUGUGUGUGUGUGUGUGUGUAUAUAUAUAUAUAUAUCUCUAUCUAUCUGUUGAUGGGCUUGGUCAGCGGCCGGUAUCAAAGCCGCUUGUGUCAGCCAGCGCUGGCUUGAGGUAAUGUUGACUUUUUUGCCUUAGCACGUGCCGCAUGCCUUUCACUAGGGCUGGUGUACCACAAGAUCAAUGUGACAUCUGCAUACUUGUAGAUAUGUAAAUGUGUAUUAUGUUUUUUGUUUUUUUUCAAUUCCUUUUGAACUUGAAAAUAUGUAUCUAUUGCAUAUCUAAUGUUUAGAAUAUAUUGUAAAUUCAGAAAAAGGGACAUAUGAGUUAGUUUAAUAUGAUAACACAAAUCCUGUUUUUGAGAUAAGGAUUCCUGUUAGAGAAAAAGAGAAGCUGAUCAUUACUUACAAGAAAACUAAAAAAGAGAGCAGUUAAUUAUCAGUGGAAAUUAAUUCUGUUGUUGUACUGAUUUCUCUGAAAGCAUCCAGGCUUUACUUUCAAAAUGAGCCCCACAGUAAGUCAAUUCAGCACAUACUGUAGUAGAUUUGCUGAUGAGUCAAACAUGAGUAAUGUCUACCAGAAGUUUUGUGUAUCACAAAUUUGCACGGAAAUGGAUGGCAGUCCAAGGGAACUUAAACUGGGAGACGAAGCUGAGAUAACAAAACGUAGCACACUUUAUAACACAAACUGGGGAGGAAUCUGGAGUUGUCAAGUGUUAACAAAGUAAGCACUAUAUUCUGGAUUGUGCACAAACACAGGCCAGUUCCACUCCAUUUCAUGUGCCCAGACAUGGAUGUGUAAGACUUUGAAUUUCUCUGAAUGUCUGUAUUGAACACUAACUCCUGUAUUCAGUGCAAGUCAAGGUCGAAGUGAAAGUCUUGGCUGUCAUGUUCAGGAAACUGAAAAGAUUCUGAGUUUGACUUGGUGAUGAUAAUGUCCCUUUGAUGAACAAGAUACCCUGUGUUUGGUGGGAGAGGAACACGUUAUGGCACUUUUUGAGUCUGCGGUGCAGUAAGGACACACAUGGCCACACUAUGGAGCAGUCAGCACACUCUUGAGACUAAAUGAGAUUGUUGUGUGUCUUGGAUGAGUUCACAAUAAACGUUUGAUAAACUCCUUGA